AUGCUCCGCUCGAAGCUGUGCCGACUUCACGAUGCCACUACAGAGCAGAUGGAGAGGAUGCAGGAAUGCCCACACGACCCUGGUGGAUAUUUCAUCAUCAAGGGCACGGAGAAGGUGCUUCUGAUGCAGGAGCAGUUGAGCAACAAUCGAAUCAUCGUGGAGAUGGACCCGAAGAAAUUGGUCCAGGCUGUGGUCACCAGCUCCACAGCUGAUAACAAGUCACGAACGGUUGUGUGUUUCAAGUCGGAGCUGAGCGGACUGUUCGUGAAGCAUUCGGCCUUCACUGAGCUCAUACCGGCAGUCAUCAUGCUUAGGGCAAUGGGCAUGGAGUCUGAUCAAGAGAUAGUAAGUGGCAGAGGCAACCUGGGCUCUUCGAUAGGAGCGUAUGAAAAAGCCGUGAUGCGC